GUCAUUGAGUUUGAAAAAAAAAAUGUCCGAAUUUGUUAAAUUAUAUUAUUCAAAUAUUAGCCUGUCAGUGUCAGCCUCAGCAGCUAGCCUUUAAGCCGCUGUAGGCGGCUGCGGCUCCCAGAAGGCUAAGAGAAAUGAAAUUUGGUAAAACUUUUGAGACACAUUUGACCAUUGAAUGGCGUCAGCAAUAUAUGAGAUAUACGGAACUAAAUGCUUUGAUAAGACAGGGCGUUGAAGGAGCACCGCGUUCCGAAAGCUCUCGUAGUUAUGAAACUCAUGCCUAUUUCAAAGCCUUCGAGGAGGCAUUUUUCAAUGAGCUCCAGAACGAAUUGUCCCGGGUUAAUAACUUUUUUCUCGAAAAACUGGCAGAGGCGCGACGUAAGAAUGGCACUUUAAAGUUACAACUUUUGGCUGAGGUUCGGGCACCCGGUCAUGAGGCCAGUACCGGGUCCCUAAGUCCGCCCGAAGCGCCUGGAUCUGCCCGGUCAAGACGAAAUCGGAUUCGAAAUGCAUCCAAUCGUAAAUUGAUGACGCAACGGCAAUUGCGUAAUUCUUAUGCAGAGUUCUAUUUGAGUUUGGUGUUAUUACAAAAUUUUCAAUCGCUUAAUGAGACUGGUUUUCGAAAAAUCUGCAAGAAAUAUGAUAAAUAUUUGAAAUCCCUAAUGGGUAAUGAGUGGUUCCAUCGCAAUGUGGGACCAGCUGCUUUUACCGAUGGCCGCACUUUGCAAGGGCUCCUUGUCGAGGUGGAAGAUCUGUAUACGCAUUAUUUGGCGGGUGGUGAUCGAGCCAAAGCAAUGACCAAGUUAAGAGUGCCACCAUUAGGAGAACCGACGGCUCCAAGUUUGGUUUUUCGUGCCGGUUUGGCAUUGGGCAUGUUUCUAAUGCUGGCUAUGGCCACUAUAAUUAGUUAUUGGAAACGUCAACCUUCGCAGGCAAAUUUGGUGGCCUUUAUGCAUCUGUAUCGAGGUCCCUUCGCCUGGGUCAUAUUCAAUUUUUUUAUGGCCGCCAAUGUGGCGGGCUGGCAGCGUGCAGGAGUGAAUCAUAUAUUGAUCUUUGAGAUUGAUCCUAGAAGUCAUUUGCAGCCGGCUACAUUUCUAGAGAUAGCCUGUACCUUUGGCAUUCUGUGGUCCCUGUCGAUAUUAGGAUUUCUCUUUCAUGAUCUGAUAAGGGUCGCGGAUCCCUUUGUUUUUCCAUUGGCCUUGAUAUUGAUAUUUCUCUUACUGUUGAUUAAUCCAUUGCCCAUUCUCAAUUGGCCAGCUCGUUGGUGGACGAUACGCUUGGUGGGUCGUGUGAUUGCCGCUCCGUUUUAUUAUGUGGGUUUCGCUGAUUUCUGGAUGGGCGAUCAGAUGAAUUCGUUGGUCAUUUGCAUGGCUGAUUCGUAUUAUAUAGUGCGAUUCUAUGCCAGUUGUUGGCUUCGAUAUGCCGAAGUGGCCUUCUGCUUCAAGGAGGAUAUGUUUGUGCCAAUAUCAAGAUGCUUGCCAGCGUGGUUUCGGUUUGCUCAAUGCUUCAGAAGAUUCAGGGACAGUGGAUCCAAGUCAGUUGAUUACUUGAUUAAUGCUGGCAAAUAUUCAACCACAUUUUUUGUUGUCUUCUUUUCGACAAUGCGCAUGCAUACAGAGAGCGGCUAUUCCAAUACCUUUCGCAAUCCAUAUACCUGGCUCUUUAUCGCCAGCUACAUUGUGUCCACACUCUAUUGCUAUCUGUGGGAUAUUAUCAAGGAUUUUGGUCUAUUUCGCAUAUUUAAGGGCGAACAUAUGUUUCUACGCGAAAAGUUAGUGUAUCCUCAGUCCUUUUACUAUUUUGCGAUUAUUGAAAAUUUAGUGCUGCGUAGUUAUUGGGCAUUUGAGUUUUUGGCUCUUCAUCAUAAUCUAAUAACUCCGUAUAAUGCUAAAACCCUUGGCAGCAUUUUCGAGAUAACACGACGAUUCAUUUGGAAUUAUAUACGCUUGGAGAAUGAGCAUCUGUAUAAUUGCGGCAACUUUAGAGCCACGCGUGAUAUCCACCUGGCCAGAUUGAAUCCGCGACAAGAGCGUAUGCUCGAGGAUAUGAUGGACGAAUCGGAUGGUGUAACAAACCGCAGAAAGCGAACAGAUCAACGUACCCGUCUUGGCAAGGAAUAUUUCUGACCCUUUUCUCGAUUCUCGGUGGCAGCUGUUUUGUUUUCCAUUUUAUUGAAGGUAGAGAGAGAGAGGGAAAUUUGGAUCCUUCUGAUGCUCUUGAUACGGAUCAACAAACGAUGACGAUGAUGACGACCAAGACCACUUUGCCGUUAAUGUUAAUGGCCCCUGUCGUCUGGCUUUGGCUUUAAUUAAUUCAUUUGUGCAAAAAAAAAAAAAAACAAAAAAUGAAAUGAACAAAAAAAAAGGAAAAAAAAAAGAGAAAGAGGCAAUGGAGACACGCGCCAAACCGGUUGAACAGCUGCACCCAAAAGCCUUAGCCAAGCCAACUCCUUCUAUUUAUAUAUAUAUACGUGUAUAUCUGCCUCAAACCCAUGAACAAUUGUCAUUGCUGGCUGGCUGCCUGGUUAGUUGAAUGUUGUUGUUGUUGUUGGACAUAUUUUUCUAAUUCUUUCUUUUUUUUGCGCGCGCGCUUUGCCAUUUAAUUGUCUUAAUUUGAUUUGGUGAAAUUGGAACUAAGAAUUGUGAAUGCGGAUUUGCUUCCUAUAUACAAGUUUCAAAUGUUCUUUUAUAUAUAAAGAUGCAUGACUUUUGGCUUAUAAAUUAAAAGCAUUUUUUUUUUUAAAUUA